CGCACGUCGCUCCCCGCCCUCCCGCCGCCGUCGCCGCCCGCUCUUGCUCUCUCGCGCUCCCCGCCCGUCGCUCUCCGUCGGUUCUCUCGUUAGUCCACCGCCACCUCCACAGCCACCCGCCGUAGUCUUCGAGCUCGCGACUCGCGGACAGGCGUUCUCGGCGCGGAGAAGCCGGCCUUGGAGUCGUCGCCUUAGUGCCUUUCAUCUGAGAAGUUCAGGGCACUUUGUAGAACUUCUGCCACACAGGCCGUUGGUCUUGCAGCACAUUUGUAAGCAAUGGCUGCCAUCAGGAAGAAACUGGUGAUUGUUGGUGAUGGAGCCUGUGGCAAGACUUGUUUGCUCAUUGUCUUUAGCAAGGACCAAUUCCCGGAGGUAUAUGUACCUACCGUGUUUGAAAACUAUGUUGCAGAUAUCGAGGUGGAUGGAAAGCAGGUAGAGUUGGCUUUGUGGGACACAGCAGGACAGGAAGAUUAUGAUCGUUUGAGGCCCCUCUCCUACCCGGAUACUGAUGUUAUACUGAUGUGUUUCUCUAUUGAUAGCCCUGAUAGUUUAGAAAACAUCCCAGAAAAAUGGACUCCAGAAGUCAAGCAUUUCUGUCCCAAUGUGCCCAUCAUCCUGGUUGGGAACAAGAAGGAUCUUCGAAAUGAUGAGCACACAAGGCGUGAGCUAGCUAAGAUGAAGCAGGAGCCAGUAAAACCAGAAGAAGGCAGAGAUAUGGCAAACAGGAUUGGUGCUUUUGGGUACAUGGAGUGUUCAGCAAAGACCAAAGAUGGAGUGAGGGAGGUUUUUGAAAUGGCCACGAGAGCUGCUCUGCAAGCCCGACGUGGGAAGAAAAAAUCUGGGUGCCUUGUCUUGUGAAACCCUGCUGCAAGCACAGCCCUUACGCGGUUAAUUUUGAAGUGCUGUUUAUUAAUCUUAGUGUAUGAUUACUGGCCUUUUCAUUUAUCUAUAAUUUACCUAAGAUUACAAAUCAGAAGUCAUCUUGCUACCAGUAUUUAGAAGCCAACCAUGAUUAUUAAUGAUGUCCAACCCACCUGACCUACCAGGGUCCUUCUGACACUGCUCUAACAGCCCUCCUCUGCACUCCUACCUGACACCAGGCGCUAAUUCAAGGAAUUUCUUAACUUCUUGCUUCUUUCUAGAAAGAGAAACAGUUGGUAACUUUUGUGAAUUAGGCUGUAACUACUUUAUAACUAACAUGUCCUGCCUGUCAUCUGUCAGCUGCAAGGUACUCUGGUGAGUUACCACUUCAGAGCUUUACUCCUUUUAACAGAUUUCAUUGGCUUAGCUCUGGGGUGGGUAUCCAGUUUUUUGAAAAUGUGCUCAGCCAGAAAGGCCCAAGUCUGCGCAGCUGUGGCAAAGUUACAGUUCUGUGGUUUCAUGUUAGUUACCUUAUAGUUACUGUGUAAUUAGUGCCGCUUAAUGUAUGUUACCAAAAAUAAAUAUAUCUACUCCCAGACUAGAUGUAGUAUUUUUUGUAUAAUUGGAUUUCCUAAUACUGAUAUUUGUCAUCCCCACAGAAAGUGUAUUGGUUGUUUUUUUUUUUUUUUUUUUUUUUUUUUUUUUUUAAAGAAAGUGUAUUUGAAAAUAAAGUCAGAUGGAAAAUUCAAUUUUUAAAUUCCCAUUUUGUCAGUUUCUCUGAUAAAAGAUGGCCAUAUUACCCCUCUUAGGCCCCACAUAUUCCAGUACUCCUUCCCUAGAGCUGGGCUAAGUAAAUAAGAAUUUGGUUUUAUGCCUGAGGCACUUAGACACUUCACAAGGUGGCAUAAUCUGUCUCACCUGGACUGCAGGGUCUGGCUCUAGUUCACAGUGCUUUUCUUACUGUAUCCAGGUUCCCUCCCAGAGGAGCCACCAGUUCUCUUGUGUGGCACUUGGUUUCUCUCUUAUCUCCAGCUGACUAAACUUUUUCUGUACCAGUUAAUUUUUCCAACUACUAAUAGAAUAAAGGCAGUUUUCUAAA